UUUCCGAUGUAAACAUUUACUAAACCCCUUGUUGUUAAGGGUACACCCCUUUGCCUUUUUUGUUAUGUUAUCUAGUGAUUUAUUGCAUUUAUUUAAAUUUAUUUGUCAUUGCUCAAAAUGUUUCGCUUGAUUAGAGUUGUAUCGCACAAAAGAUGUUUGCAUUAUGUGCAGGGUCAGACUCCAGACCCCAAAACACGAGAAUAUUUCUACUUCAUUGAUCACCAAGGACAGCUCUUUUUGGAUGAUGCAAAAAUGAAAAACUUCACUUCAUGUUUUAAAGAAAAAGACUUCCUAGUUUUCUUUUUCAAAAGACUUAAAAGAAACGUGGAUGGAAAAUACAAAGACGAGUUCCCCUACAUUUCUCCAUGUGGCAGAGAACAUAAUUAUGUCCGCUGUGACGACACACCUCUAGUCUUCACCCAUAUCAUUGACGGAAAUUUAUCUAUCCCUGAUCGUCUUUCAUACAAUGGCGCUGGUGACAGGUUAACACUACAGUUUGAGCCAGAAAAAGUCUGCAUGUUGCCAUCUUCUGGUCGUGUUUACCACCCAGCACCUGGCCAGUAUGGCAGCAUUGGCCUCAUCAAAUCCUCUCUGGCAAUCGAAAUGAGCAAACAUUUUAGAUUUGAAACUGGGGAUGAAACCAAACCUCCCUCCCAUUUUACUUGGAAAGGUGUGACUUACAAACUUACAAAUGAAUUGUUUGAUGUGAUAAAAGAUAGAGAUAUCUUAGAUUCUGGAUGAUGAUAAUGUUAAAAAUAAAUGUACACAUAUUACUAAUUUGUCUUUAUAAUUUACUGGGAAAACUACAUUUAGUGUAAUUUAUUCCUUACCCAAUUUCCCAAAACGCUAUAACUAUAGGGAAGUGAAGUAAAGUCAUGAAUAAUUUAUUCUACAAUGGAGUUUUACAAAUUAUUUUGAGUUGUUUUGUCAUUAAUUUUUAUUUUUAUA